CUAAAAUCCAAAAUGCUGGGACAACAAAAAGACAAUUCUGACCAGGAGGAUAUAAUCCACGAUCUCCAUGGCAACUCUGAAGACGAAGAAAUCGACGGUAUAGUAGCUGAUCCCAACUCACUUGAAUCUCUUACUGCUACUCUUGAAAAACUUGAUGAAAUAAUCGUUGAAAACCAAAGAGACGUCUUCAUGCUUAAUGAGUCUCUCAAACGUCUCAAACAAGAGAAAGAAGUAGUCACCAGAUACCUAGAGAAAUCCAAGGACCAGAAAUAGCACUCGUCGUGAAGACCUUCGUAAGAAAAAGGAAGCACUAGAAUCAAAACAAAACGAUGAGAACUCUGAAUUCCAAAAAGCCUUCACUGCUGAAAAAGAGGCUAUCAUUCAGACCAUGGAUCGCCAGAUCCAAGAAGAAGAGAAGGCCAAGACUGAGAUAGCCUCUGACCUGCAACGCAAAGGAGAGCUCAUGAAAGAAAUGAAGGAAUAUGACAAACAGAUGGCCCAACUUCGGAAGCAGAAGGAAGACUAUGACUCCAAACUCAGAAAGAUCAAGUACGAUUUCAUGCUCAAGAUGGCCAUUGAGAACGAGAAGUUACAAGUUGAACACAUCGCUAAUGAGAAGGAAGAGAAGGAUAAGGAUAAAGAAGAAGCCGAAACCCAAGUCAAACAGCUAGGAGUUGAAAUUCAUGAAAAUAACACCCAGAUGAAUGAGAAAUCCGUCCUUCAGAGGUACGAGAUUUCUAAGCUAAAUAAGCAAAAAGCUCAGAUCCUGAAGCUUAAUAAGAAUUAUAAGAGAGAUAUGAUGCUUAAUGCAGAAACUAUGGAAGAGUACUCCAAGAGGCAACAGACUCAGAAUAAGAAAAUUAAAUUACUCAAAUCCAAAAUUCAAAUUUUAGAGAAAUCUCUGUCCCAGAUAGUCCAGGAUUUUGAAAAAGAAAAGUCUAUGUUGAAGAAACAGAAUGAAGAGGUUAUAUCAGGCCAGAGGGAAGAGCUAGAUAUCCUAAGGGAGGACUCAAGACAGAAAACCAAGGAGCUCAAGAUGUUAAAGAGUCUCUCCAAUGUUGUUAUCCAGCAAAGAAGUGAUAUCGAGCAGUUCUUCUUAGAAGCACUUGAGCAGAUCAAAGAGGAGAUUAAGAAGAAGAUAGCUGAGGAAAAGAGUAAAUUUAGGGUCCCAGGCAGCCUUGGUUACACCAUGGGUUCUAUGGGCAAGACCAUGGGCUCACAAGAUGAGAAUAAAAGUUAUGCAGAUAAAGUAGAUCUGAAUGAUCUUGACUGGGAAGACAGAGAAAGAGUCCUGAGACUCCUAUUUUCCAAGAUUAAUGCUGGAGUGCACCCUUCACAACACUGGAAAGAUGUUGAAGGUGAAGGAGAAGAGGAAUCUCAAGCCCUUGUUGAGUUAGAAGAAUAA